GGGCGCUUCAUAAACACAAAGCGAAGCACCGUUUUACCAAAACAUCUCGGAUACAGGCCUAUUUGAUGUUAUUAAGGUAUCAUUUACCGCUUGCAAGUUGUACCUAAGUCGAUAUGUCGACUUCCACAACUGGAAAAGCUCUGCUAGCUGGUUUGAAAGAUCGCAAAGACAGCGAAUCAAACGGUGACGAUCGGAAACGACAAGGAUCGCCGGUUGUAGUAGAAGACAAUGAGGCUGCCGACAGAAGAACCAGUAGAAGAAAACGACCAAAGGUAGUUGCCGCCGGUACAGAUGGAGCAUCCCACCCACAACAAAGCGCGUCAUCGACUAUUGAAUACAAGGAAAUGGAGGACGCACAAGGUCAGGUGUCGGAGGAAGAGGAGGGUUCGGAGGAGGAGAAGAAGGAGGUGAAGGAGAAGGAGAGAGUGGAGGAGAAGAAACUGAUCCCAAAGGAAGAACCCGAGCCUAUUGUGGAUGACAGUGACCAUGCCGAUGACCCCACAGGUUUGGAGGGUGCAGCAUUCCAGAGUCGUCUCCCCUUUGACAAGAUGACAUCCCAGGAGGCAGCAUGUUUCCCCGACAUCCUACAGGGACCUCCUCAGGCCCAGAAGGUCUUCCUCUACAUCAGAAACAGGCUGCUUCAACUCUGGCUUGACAACCCCAAACAGCAGCUGACGUUCGAGGGAGGUCUCCCACAGAUUGAAGCCCCAUACAACAGUGAUGGGCCUCUUGUGAUGCGAGUCCACUCCUUCCUGGAGAGAUAUGGACUCAUCAACUUUGGCGUCUUCAAGAGGCUGAAGCCACUACCAGCCAAGAAGCACGGUCGAGUGGUGGUGAUCGGAGCAGGCAUCGCAGGGCUGGGAGCUGCCAGACAACUCCUGUCUUUUGGGAUGGAUGUUGUCAUCAUUGAAGCAAGGGAUCGAGUUGGAGGGAGAGUGGCAACGUUCAGGAAAAACAACUAUGUAGCCGAUCUUGGAGCAAUGGUGGUCACAGGGCUUGGAGGGAACCCUGUGACAGUGCUGAGUCGACAGAUUAAUAUGGAGCUGCACAAGAUCAAACAGAAGUGUCCGCUGUACGAGAGUAAUGGCUGCACGGUUCCCAAAGAGAAAGAUGAGAUGGUGGAGAGGGAGUUCAACCGGCUGCUGGAGGCGACGUCCUACCUCUCACAUCAGAUGGAUUUCAACAUGGUCGAGGGGAAGCCUGCCUCUCUGGGACAAGCACUGGAGGCUGUUAUAAAGCUGCAGGAGAAGCAUGUGAAGGAGAAGCAGUGUGAGCAUCAGAGACACAUCAUCGAGAUGCAGGACAAGCUCAAGAAGAACCAGACCCAGAUGCUGACUCUGAGGGACAAGAUCGAGGAGCUCCACAAGCAGUGGAAAGAAGCAUCAGAGGUGAAACCCCCCAGAGACAUCACCGCUGAGUUCCUCAUCAAGAGUAAACUCCGAGAUCUCAACGCAGCCUGUAAGGAAUUCGAACUAUUUCAAGCUCAACAGAAAGAAAUUGAAGAAAAAUUAAACGAACUUGAGUCCAAUCCACCGAGUGAUGUGUACCUGUCGUCUCGAGACCGCCAGAUCCUGGACUGGCAUUUUGCUAAUCUCGAGUUUGCCAAUGCGACGCCACUCACGACUCUGUCACUGAAACACUGGGACCAGGACGAUGACUUUGAAUUCUCAGGAAGCCAUUUAACAGUACGGAACGGCUACUCGUGUGUACCUGUAGCUCUGGCUGAAGGACUGGACAUCAAGCUCAACACUUCAGUCAGACAGAUCCGCUAUACACCACAAGGUGUGGAGGUGACGACGGGUAACUCUCGGGUGAACAUGAACCCUCAGACCUACAAGGCAGAUGCGGUGCUGUCCACGCUGCCGCUGGGGGUGUUGAAGGAGAGCAUGAGGAACAGUGGCAUCAACAGCCCCCAGUUCCUGCCUCCGCUGCCCGACUGGAAGGCUUCGGCCAUCAAGAGACUGGGAUUUGGUAACCUCAACAAGGUUGUGCUGUGUUUUGACCGAGUAUUCUGGGACCCCAAUGCCAACUUGUUUGGACACGUAGGCAGCACUACAGCUAGUCGUGGUGAGCUCUUCCUGUUCUGGAACCUGUACAAGGCGCCGGUGUUGCUGGCGCUGGUGGCUGGCGAGGCGGCAGCCAUCAUGGAAAAUGUCAGCGAUGAUGUCAUCGUGGGUCGGUGCAUCGCAGUCCUCAAGGGUAUCUUUGGCAACAACGCCGUACCUCAGCCGAAGGAGACGCUAGUGACCAGGUGGCGAGCUGACCCUUGGUCAAGAGGCUCGUACUCCUAUGUUGCAGCAGGAUCGUCAGGCAACGAUUAUGACCUCCUCGCCACGCCAGUGUCACCACAACAAGGAAGUCUACCACGUCUGUUCUUCGCGGGGGAACACACAAUCAGGAACUACCCUGCAACAGUGCAUGGAGCUCUGCUGAGUGGACUGAGAGAGGCUGGACGGAUAGCAGACCAGUUUCUCGGAGCCCCCUACGCCCUCCCGACGCGGCCCCCAGCAGCGCCACCUAUCACCACAUCCUAGAAACAUGACCACCGCCACCAUAAUGUUCAUGUAAAGACUCCAUGUCCGUCAGCAGUGUCAGGCACAAGGGAGUAUAGCUUGGCACUGCCUGAUCCUGGGAAUUCAUGUGCGAUGCCUUGGUGCUCUCUCAGUGACAUUGCCAGCGCUACUCGGGAAUUCAAAGAAACUUGAAUUUGGUCAACAGAUCAUCGCUAGAGUUCAAGAACUUGAAAUGCAAAAUUUUACAUCUAAAGAUGACUUCUUAGUCACCAUGUUGGUUGCAUUAUUAAGUUCUCAUACAUCUGACUUAUAUUCACCACCUUAAAUUUCCAAACAUUUAAACUCAAUUUCCCUUCACAGAACUACAAAUUUCCUUUCAUUUAAUCUUCAGAUUUCCAUAAAUUAACACAAUUUCAUGUACAAGAACUUAUAGACGUAUAUAUUUAAGGUUUCGUCUCCAAACACAGAUACCUUAACAUUCUUUCUUGUCAUUUCUUGUUUAAGGUGUAGCUUUAGAGAAGCCAGUCAGAAAGAAGUUAGGAGCAUUAUCGAGGACAAUAGUUGGAAGUACCUAGUUUUUUAUCAAUUGUCCGUUGCGAGAGUAUGACACCUGCCUAUGGCCGCUGUUGGAUAGGCAUGGCAUGAUCACUGGACCACCAGUCCUUUAGUAGAGAGUGCUGCAGCUAAGAUGGGUUGCUAAGACCAUUGUUGUCUUGGAGCCAGCUGCAACUUCAGUUACCCACGAUUAGAAAUUGAAAACAAAUGGUUCUCAAACAAUUGAAACAAUGAAGCAUUUUCUGUUUGAAAACGUGAUAUGGGUUCAACAUAUUCAGGGUUUUUUUGCUCUAAGAUUUAAAUAAAAGGCUUUAUGCAGAAAGGCAUCUCCCUGCCUCAUAUGUAGAUAGUAGCAAUUUGAGAGUUUGUGUUCAGUUUACUUUGCGCUGUACAUAAUGCUGUGUGAAUGUUGGAAUGAUUCACAAUGAUUCAUGCUCAUAAUUCAGUUCUCAUGUGUAUAAAUUCCAUUGAAUCAUGUCAGGUCAACAUCCUAUACAACGAUGGCAGCUAACACAAAGGACUCGACACAUUUUCCAUCCUCUGUGGUCAAGGGUCUGUUUCUGUUCCAGCAUCUUUCACCCGUGAUCUCAGUCUUGAGUCCAUGUCUGCAGUUCCUGAUUGGAGGAUGCAUUAGUAGUUAGCCAACAAUACAUUCUUUUUUCGUCUGCAGCAGGAUUUAAAAUAUUCAAAUUCAAGUUCUGGGACAAAAGAAGUCCCAAUGUUCAUUUAAGAAAUGAUGUAGGUGACAUUGUUGCGUGUGUGGUCUGGCAGAAUAUGUGUCAUCAUCAUCAUCAUCAUCAUCCCCAUCAUCAUCAUCAUGACCCUUUAAUGUCAACCACCCGUGUGCAUGGAACAUGGCUGAUUGCAGCACUGUAUACUACUCAAAAAAAGUUAAGGAACACUUGAUAUUUAGCCAUGACAGAUUAACUAGUGUGAAAUAAAUCUGUUCUUUAACUUCUUUUGAGUAGUAUAGAAUACUCUCAUACACUCUGAUCAUAGUCUAGCUUUUCGAGGCCAGUAACAUAUCGGGUCUUUAUCGGUAUUUCGAUUGUUGACGAGACAAGACAAUUGACAUCCCUGGUUGAGACCCAAAUAACAGUGAUAAGCAAUUUUUUUAUUAUUCAUGUUGGAAUAGUCAUAGACAUUGGAAUAAUGUUUCAAGUUAACAGUCUGCCUCAAACAUUUGAACUGCUUGCCUGAACCUGUCACUUGACAUCAUUUUCGGUUGAUCUUAGUGCUAAUGUGUGGACUUAAACCAUACUAGACCAAAAGAAACUUUACUUGAGUCCGUUUUUUCACUAGUGGCUAAAGACUAAGUUACUGGUCUUGCCGUGUUUAAACAUCUUGUGAGUGACAAGACUUGAUGCAUUAGGUGGACAAGAGUUGGAAAGAUACCAUCUACUUGUGUCUUCUUCUGUGUUCAAUCCUCACAUCAGUAGAGAUGUUUGGAGACUCUGAUCCAGUAAGUGUGCUUCAUUUGCAACAUCACUCCGUGACCUUUUGUUGCCGCCGUCAGUGUACAAAGGAACACUUGUUUUGAGAUCCACGUGCUGAGCUGUAUUUGUAGCAUUGUGGGGUAUCAUCUCUGUGGAGAUGUUGUUAAUUAGGCUUAAAAAAAAAUAAUAGUCUUGGUUCUCAGGCACCGGCAUCAUUAUCGUAAAGUUCACCGCACAGUUCAUAUUUAUUUCCAUUUUUAAUAAAUUAUAAAAAAAAUCCUUAAAUAUUCCAAGUCCAACAGUAGUCAAAUACUGUAUUCCAUUAUUCUACUCAUCAAGGAAUACAUUUAUGUAGGGAGGCCCUUCCCAGGUUGAUUGUACACAACUGUUUAUUUGAUUACCAAAAUGUUUAUAUGGUUACAUACUAGUUUGAACCACAACAAAAAAUUACACCGCCCACCCGCACUAUAUUUUAAAAAAACAUUGCCUGAGAACCCAUACUUUUAUUUUUUUAAGCCUUACAAGUGAAGUGCUGACGUUUCCAAUUGGACGUGUGUCCUAAAGCAUGUUAAGUAUCCUGUUAAGUUAUUCUUUAUUUUUGUAUCAAUGUUUGUCUUCCUCGUGGAGUAGAUGUAGAAAAUAAAAUUGUACAAUUCGA